AUGAAGCUACACCAGAUCCCGGCCAUUCACAGCAUUGUAACACGCUGGCGUCGACCUCAAAAUGGAAAGUCGGCAUCUGAGUCAGCGUUCGACAUUCAACAGGCGAACGAUCACUCGCAGUCGGCCCAAGCUCCACCUUCGCCCAAGUCCCCCUCGAAGAAAUCAGGAAAGGAGCGGGAGGUUAACAACUCCGGUCCGGCAGCGUCGAUGCCCCAGCUGCCUUCUCCGCCCCCUUCCCCCCGAAUCAAUAUCCGCCCACGGCAAGCAAGCCGCUGUCUUUCUGGGGAGCCAGUUUCCCAUUCUCAUACGGGAGAAAUAGUGAAGAGAUGUGGUCCCGUUCAUGUUCACGAGACGUUCGAAUGCGAGAAUGCAGUAGAGCCGGUUCGUUUACUUACGCUCAGUCGUCGUACAUUGGUGAAUGAGGCACGAGCGCGCGGGGGAAACACCCUGGUUGACGAAUCGUGGGAGUAUACGGUAUCCAAGCACGGAAAGUCUGGAUAUACUGUAAAGGUUGACUAUACUGCUGCAGCAGUGUUCAUCAUCGGAGACGGUGCUCACGACCCCCAGAAGCCAGUUGCUAUUGACACCGCCAAGACCGGGGGUGUCAGUGGGCUCAUGACAAUAACCUCUCGGCACUAUGGAGGGGGAGGUGUUGUCCUCGUACAGGCCCUUCAAAAGCAAAUCAACUCAGAUACACACCAGUUAGUUGUCAUCGAGAAACGCGACUAUCAUGCUCACUGGCCUGCGUUAAUUCGUGGCUCUGUUACAUCGCAAGGAUCGGUUGCUGAGAACAGUCUGAUCCCUUUUGACCGUGCGUUCGACCCCUCGAUUCGACUUGUCCACUCUGGAGCCAAGCAAAUCACUUCUACGGAAGUUAUCACCGAAUCCGGGGAACGCGUCACAUACUCACACCUUGUAUUAGCAACCGGGAGUUUAUGGAAUGGAGCGCUCGCCUUGCCAGACUCUAGAGACCAAGCGCUCGACCAUUUGAAUGCCUUCAGAAGACAGCUAGAAGCAGCGGAAAAUGUGGUAAUAUUGGGCGGAGGUGCUGUUGGCAUUGAAUACGCUGGUGAAUUGGCCCACUACUAUCCCGAUAAGAAGGUGUCUCUCGUGCACGCUCUACCAAAGCUAACAAAUGACACUUAUCCGGCGAAAUUCCGCGAUGCCUUGCUCGAGGGCGUGACAAAGCUGAGAAUUCAAGUAAUUCUGGGAGAUAGGCUGUUGGCGCAAAACACUCCUAAGGAUGGAUACGUCACGACGAAUAAGGGAGUGCGCCUUCGUGCUGAUCUUGUGAUCAAUGCCACUGGGGGCCGACCGAAUACUUCUGUUGUAUCUACGCUCGAUAACUCGGUGCUUACCUCCAAAGGAACUGUGCUGGUCACGCCCGAGCUAAAUAUCAACCUGGCAUCUGGCGCACGAAAUGUGUGGGCCGUUGGGGAUAUCAUCGAGUGGCCAGAACAAAAAAUGGUUUUCAAAGCAUCCAUGGGGCACGCUCCCAUCGUAGCCGGAAAUAUUAUAGCCAGUAUCAAUGGCGGCAAACAAAACCCAUAUCAGGGCAAACCCGAGAUGAUCCUUAUCACUCUCGGUCCCAAGGGCGGACGAGGAAACAUACCAUUCCUUGGUGGGAUUGUGGUAGGUGAUUGGGUGGCGACCAAGGCUAAAUCUGCAAGCCUGUUUAUUUCUAAUGCUCGAACGACUCUGGGAUACGGUCCUCCAAAGGCAGAUGGUGGAGGAGGGAUCUCACCUGUCCAGGCAUUGCAGAAACAGGUCAAUACUACAACUCAUCAGAUAGUUUUUAUUGAACAGCGCGACUACUAUGCUCACUGGCCAGCUCUAGUUCGUGCUGCUGUGACAAAUGAAAACUCCAUUGGAGAGAGAAGUCUUGUGCCCAAUGACCGCGCAUUCGAUUCUACCGUCAAGAUCAUACGCUCUGGCGCUAGGCGGAUUACUUCCGCUGAAGUCAUCACUGAGACAGGCGAGACUAUCCCAUACGAACAUCUCGUCAUUGCGACCGGUAGUGUCUGGACCGGGCCACUCGCCUUGCCUGAGUUGAGAGAGAACGCAAUCGAACACUUCCGGUCAUUCAAGAAGCAGCUCGACGUAGCCGAGCAUAUACUUAUCGUUGGUGGUGGUUCCGUUUGCCUUGAAUAUGCUGGCGAGAUCCAGCAUUACUACCCUGGCAAGAAGAUCACAAUCAUUCAUGGCGUUACCGAGCUCAUGAACUCCACAUACCCCCACAAGUUCCGCAAGUCCCUCCUCGACGCACUCACAAAGAAAGGCGCUCACGUCGUACUCGGCGACAAGAUAUCACCCGAUGUCCUCCCCGAAGACGGAUAUGUCACCACUCAGUCCGGCACACGUAUCCGAGCUGACCUUGUCAUCCCAGCUGCAGGUGGUCGUCCUAACACCGCUGUCGUGAGCACGCUCGACUCCAGCGUAGUCACCAAGUCUGGGACAGUGCUCGUCACUCCCGAGCUUCGCGUCAAGCUCUCUUCGGGUGCGCAGAACGUGUGGGCUAUCGGAGACAUCAUCGAGUGGCCUGAACAAAAGAUGGUGUUCAAGGCCAGCACCGGACAUGCGCCUACGGUAGCGAAGAACAUACUGGCGAGCGUUCAGGGCGGGAAGGAAGCUCAGUACGAAGGGAAGCCUGAGAUGAUAUUUGUGACACUGGGACCGAAAGGAGGACGUGGGCUUGCACCGUUCUUCGGAGGGGUGGUUAUAGGGGACUGGAUAGUAAGUAAGAUGAAGUCGUCGGGGCUGUUCGUGGACAAGAUUCGCGGCAUUCUGGGGUACUAA